AUUUAGAACUAAAUUUAGGUUCAUUCAUCUUGGCGUUUCGUUCCGAGGAAGAAGCUAAACCGUAUACUGAGAAAGUUGUUUUUUUAGAGGAAAUACUGAGAAAGUUGUUGGGGCCAGCCCGUGCAACGUACGCUAUGUCCGGUCGGCCCAGCAGCUUAAUUGCAUCGCUGACUCUAUUUCUAAAAGAUCCACAAAUAAUAUGUUUGCUCGACUCUUUGGACAAAGAGCCCAUCACACCACACCCACUUGAACAAAUCGAACUCAGCUGCGCAUGCAUCUCACUGUCACAGCCAGCCCCCCAACCUUGACUUUUUUUUUCAAAAAAAAAAAAAAACUUGACUGACCAAGCUAUAUAACCUGAGAUUCCUUAACCCUGGUUAAUUAGGUGGGUCUAACCAUCUCGAAUUCUCCAUGCAAGUAUGCAUAGGUGCCAGGUGCAGCAGGCAGCAGGCAGCAGCUGGAGCACUCAAACUCAAACCUACUAUGCCAACCCAACCCAACCCAACCCAAGCAAGGCAUUAUUGGAAUGGAAUUGGAAUCCAUGCGGGAGGGAGGGACACCUAACCUGAGAUUCCAAGGCUGCUUUGUUUUUUGCUUUGUCCUCCUUUUUUUUCCCUGGUGGUCGCUUUCUCCUCCUCCUCCACCACCGCACACCUUUCCCUUAGUUUUUCCCCACCCCACUUAACGCCUAAGCAAGCGGAGCGAAGCGGAGCAUCGCCAAGGCUUGGCCGGCCGCGGCUAUAAAUUCAGCCCCGGUUCCAAGCCCCAAUUCCCUUUUCCCCUUCUCUCUACUCGCCUCUCUAGGUUUCCUUGCAGUGCAACUGCAAAGCACACGAGCUAGUAGCUAGCUAGCUCGUAGUUGCAUGCUGACCACCACCACUGCCAGCAGCCUCCUCACCUACCGAGUGCUGCCCUGAUUGAUUUUUGCCUGCAGACCUGCUGCACACACCUCCUUUUGUUUGUUCCCUGUGCCUGGGAGAUUCUCUGUUCCCGAUCCAAGAAUCGACCUUGUCGAUCGUCCGAGUUAGCAACUGUCUGUUGUCCAGCCAAAACCCUGCCGCCGUCACAGGGCAACACUCUGCCGAAUUUUCUACAAGAAAAACCCCCAUCGCUACCUGUUCAGGCCGUCACUCUGCCCGAUUUUUUUCGCCAGAAACCCUGCUGUCUAGGCCGUCACUCUGCCGAAAUUUUUCUGCACAAACCUUGCUGUCCAGGGCGUUACUCUGCCGAAAUUUUCACCUGGGAUUCUUCACCUUGCCUGUUCCAGGGAAAACUCUGCUGGAUUGAUUUUUCUUUCGCCGCACACGUGACUUGCUUGUGUCUUCUCUAGCUUGUGCAUCCAACCUAAUAGCUUUUGAUGGUGCCUCUGCUCCCGUGUUUAUGAUAACAUCCACUGUGCUCGUCCAGUCCUUCUCCGUCGUCUUCCUCUACUGGUUCUAUGUCUUCUCAUAAUUAACCACCCAUCAUAUCGAGACUGCUGAUCUCCCAGAUUCAAGUUCUGAUUCUUCCUGCCAACAACUUCUAUCUAGUCCCUACAGUAAAAUAUAGCAACAAACUGCUAGCUCCAUCGAUCGUUUAAUCAGGUAAUUAAUCGGUGAGACAUAACAACAAAAAGAACAGUUAUAAAGUGCAUGAUGGCCUCUCCCGGCAUGGUGUCUAUGUCUACUGUGACCACGUCGCCGACGACGCCGUCGACCGGGUCCGAGGGGCGGCAGCCUGAGCCUGACCCGCUGCAGGCCGCGGCGACCGCGGAGAGGAAGCGCAAGCGCAAGGAGUCGAACCGGCUGUCCGCGCAGCGGUCCCGCGCGCGCAAGCAGCGGCAGCUGGACGACCUCACGGCGCAGGUGGCCGCGCUGCGCGCCCGGAACGGCGCCAUGGACGCGGCCGCCCGCGACGCCGCGCGCCGCUGCGCCGCCGUGCAGGCCGAGAACGCGCUGCUGCAUGCCCGGACCAUGGAGCUCAGCGCGCGCCUCCAGUCACUCACCGACCUCAUCGAGUGCAUGGAAGCAGGCGCCAGCAGCAUGUACCAGCAGCCCCUGCAGCAGCAGCUGCUGCCUCUGGUCGACACCACCCUCUACAACUACUACUGCUAGCUAGUGGUGUUGCCAAUGAAUGAAUGAAGUAAUUAGCUAUAGCUAGUUGUGUGCAUGUUGUGUUGCUUUGUCUACACCCUGUGUCGUGUUGUUAUUGGGUGGGCAUUGGCAAGGCCAAAGUGUAGGGUUUAAUUUUGUGGUGGUGUAGUGCAUGGUGUGUCGCUUUAUAUAUAUAGCGUGACAAGGACGGCAAAAGCAAAGUAUGUGGUAAAUUUGGAUGCCCUUGUGGACCAAGCAACAACCCUAAAUAUAUCAUGCAUAGUACCAUUUUGUCAAAUCA